AUGAGUUUUGCUCAACUCCGAGAAUAUUUGGGACAGACGGUUGAAACUGUCAAGCGCUUCUGCACUGAAAUCAAUUUUAUUAAAAUUCAUUAUGCAUCCUUUCUUGCGCUGGCAUUUGUGGCCUCCAUACUCAUCUACCCUAACCAAAACUUGCCAUACAUCGAUGCACUCUACCUCGGAAUGUCAAUGUGCACUCAGGGAGGACUUAAUCCAGUGGAUCUCAACGCUCUCAAUUCCUGGCAACAAAUUGUUGUGUACAUUUUGCCUAUGCUGACAACUCCUAUAUUUGUAAACACAGUCGUGGUCUUUGUGCGGCUGCACUACUUCCGUGUCGAGUUCCGCAAACACGACAAUGUUGACAUUGCAAAGCUCUCGAGCAUGCAGUCAAAGUACCGACGAACUCUUUCAAGGUCAUUUAUGGAGGAAUCUAAAAGUAAUCAAAAUGAAGAGGAGGAAGAAAAAAAGGAAAAAGGAAAAGAAAAAGAAAAAGAAAAAGAAAAAGAAAAAAAUGAAGACAGAACACAGGAUUUUGAAAAAACUGGAGGAAUAGUUAUCUCUGAAAAAUUCAUCCCAUUGACCCGGCAAAGAGAAAGCUCACUAGGCAGUAUUCAUUUUAGCUUACCUCCGCCUCGACGAUGUAGAGAUCCCGGUGAUAUUGCGCGGUCGAUUCGGUUGAUGCAACACACCGACCAAAUGCGUGCUGUAGAUGACGGACCCGCGCUUGUAAUUGGUCCACCACAGGGUGAUUUACCAGAUACCCCGGUGGCCGUACGAGCAUCGACUUUUAAUACCCGUAGCGAUGACCCAUUUGAUGUGAAGCACCGCAAACUCGAGCGCUCAAAAACAAUUGGUGCGUUGUUGACUCGUCGCAGUAGUCGCACUCACGACACACCAUUGCAUCCAGCCAUGAGCACAGGUUAUUUAUCAUACAAACCACACAUUCAAAGCAACUCUGUAUUUGUUGAUCUUACAGCCGAGCAACAAGUCGAGUUGAGCGGAGUGGAGUACCGGGCACUGUUACUGCUUUCUCGAAUUUUGGUUGCAUACUAUGUUGGCUGGCAUAUUUUAGCUGUGGUUUUUUUUACACCCUGGGGGGUGCGCAAAGACCCAGCUCAAAUGUUUCGCGAAUUGGGAUUUGCACCAGCUUGGUGGGGAAUUUUUACAGCUGCAUCUUCAUUCAACAACUUGGGGUUGACCUUGACACCAACUUCAAUGUCAAGUUUUGCCAGUUCUGUUUAUAUGUUACUGGUGUGCCCGUUUUUCAUGAUUAUUGGAAAUACUGGGUUUCCUAUUUUUUUGCGGUUCAUCAUCUGGAUACUUUUUAAACUCACAGAUUCAUAUGGAAGAAUGCACGAGAGUCUUGGGUUUUUACUAGAUCAUCCACGCCGCUGCUUUACCCACUUGUUCCCUGCUGGACCCACCUGGUGGCUUUUUGGUGUUAUUAUGGCUCUCAACAUUAUUGAUACAUUCAUCUUCUUAGCACUUGACUUUCAUGCAAAAGUGGUGGCUGUAAUUCCGGCUGGCUUGCGUGUUUUGACUGGUUUGUUUCAAGCGGUGGCUACACGGACGACCGGCUUUAGCAUCAUUGAUAUUGGAGCGCUACAUCCAGCUGUGAUUGUGAGUUAUACCGUAAUGAUGUAUAUAAACAUUUUCCCCGUGGCCAUGUCGGUGCGACACACGAAUGUGUACGAGGAACAAACACUUGGGAUUUAUGCAAUUCCCAAGAAGCUUUCUGGAGUGACGACCCACAUUAUGCGACAGGUUUCGUAUGACUUGUGGUUCAUAUUCAUUGCGCUAUUUAUUUUGUGCAUUAGCGAAGAGCAAAAGCUUUCAAGCGGGAAAAUAUCCAUCUUCAAUGUGUUGUUUGAGGUGACUAGUGCGUAUGGAACAGUUGGAUUGAGCACUGGAUAUGCUGGAACAAAUACAUCCUUAUCUGGUCAGUUUUCAAAACUGGGAAAAUUUAUAAUUAUUGUUUUGCUUUACCGCGGCAGGCACCGCGCACUUCCAUACUCUACUGACCGGGCUAUCAUAGUGCCUUCGGAAAAGUUACGAGAAAACGAUCGAGCACAAGAAAAUAUGAUGCAUUUCAAAGAAGCAUUACAAAGCGAGCAGGCCUUGCAUUGA